AUGGUGGGCAACGGUAUCCUGACACCGGUCACCACCUCCUACUGGGCCACGCCGAUUGUGCCGGUUAUUACGAAAGACGGCACCAUAAGUGUAUCUAUGUGUCUAGAUUCUACCACCAAAUGGUUAGAGAUAUUCAAAAUGCAACGAACAACAGCCGACGCAGUCAUUAAAGUACUCCGCGAAACAUUUGCUCGGUUUAGUUUGCCAAUGGAAGUCGUAUCCGACAACGGACCACCGUUUACUAGUAGGGAAUAUGGCGACUUUAUGACAACAAACGGAAUUAAAGUGACGUUUACAGCAGCGUAUCACUCAUCGUCCAAUGACGCCGCGGAGAAUGCCGUUAAUCUGUGCAAACGGGCGAUAAAGAAGUCGCGAAGAGACGGCUGCGACGUAGAUGCAGCUCUUCAGGCAUAUCUGAUGUUGUAUAGGAACGUAGAACACUGCUCCACGGGAGCGUCACCUGCCAUGCUGUUGCAACUUAGGAGUUUAAAGUCAAGAUUAGACUGGCUGAGGGAAGAUAGGCAGGUAGAAGCUAGGGUACAGGAUGCUCAGCGUAAGCAAGUCUCUCAUGCGGGUGGCUCGCCUAGGAAUUUCAAUGUAGGAGACACCGUGUGGGCCCGGGAUUUUACAGGAAGGAGAUGGGAGAGUGGUCCACCUGUAAAAAGACAUGUCGAUCAAAUUAGGAAAAGACAUAGUAGCUACGGCGUAACCUUGGCGGAAGAGGUUGACAUAUCACCUGACGAGGUGAUUAGCACUCGGGACUCCAUACCAGGCUCUGAUACUGUUGAGGUAUCGGCUACCGAGGAGCCACGCGUGUCGCCGCGCUCGGUGGCCCCUGAACCAGGCGAUACCAUAUGUACGGAUGCUCACAAAGAAUUGCCUCAAACGUCCACAGCCCUCAACAAGGAGGUUGUAUCUUCAUCCCCGAUGAACCCGGUUUCGAAAACCAGUUAA